AACCUCUGGUUUCCCAUGGCUCCGUCCUCCCUCUCCUCCAUCUAUCUCUCUCCCCACCACCACCACCAUCCCAUCCCUUUCCCUUGUCUGACCCCCAGACCCACCUUCGCUCGCCUCCCUCCUCUUCGUCGUCCCCGGACCCUCGCCUUCUCCUCCAAACCCUCCUCCACCCACAACCACAACCAGACCAAGAACGACCCCCAGGACCAGACCCAGCACCAGGACCAGGACCAGAGCCGGACCCAGAAGCCCAAUUCCUCUCAGCCGGACAAGAAGUCGUUCGCCAUCGCCACCGGCGAGCUCUUCCUCGGCAUCGCUUCGCGGCUGAUCAAGAGCCGCAACAAGAAGAAGGAAGCGGGUGCCGGGUCGGGGACCGGCCUCCUCAGGGACGGUCCGAACGGAGCGGCCGUCAAUGGCGGCGGGAGGGGCGCGGGGUACGACAGAAAGGAGAGGAUCGGUAUCGUGAUCGAGGACGAGAUAGAGCCCGGCGUGAUAUGGGAGCAGAGGGUUAAGGAUGUGGAGGCAGAGCAGAAGAGGAGAGUGGUGACGAGUCCCGGGUUCAGCUUCUCGGCCGCCGGGCUCUUGUUCCCGUACCAUCUCGGUGUCGCCCAUUUCCUCAUCCAGAAGGGCUAUAUCAAGGAAACCACACCAUUGGCUGGUUCAUCAGCUGGUGCCAUAGUAUGUGCAGUGAUUGCUUCUGGAGCCAGCAUGGAAGAAGCUUUGAUGGCUACUAAGGUUCUAGCUGAGGAUUGUCGGAGAAGAGGAACGGCUUUUCGGCUCGGGGCUGUUCUUCGUGAUGUGCUUGAUAAGUUCCUUCCUGAAGAUGCUCAUACCAGGUCCAAUGGAAGGGUCCGCAUUGCUGUUACCCAGAUCCUUUGGAGGCCUAGGGGUUUACUGGUGGAUCAGUUUGACUCCAGAGAAGAUCUUAUCAAUGCAGUAGUCACUUCUUCCUUCAUCCCAGGAUAUCUCGCGCCGCGGCCAGCUACAUUAUUUCGUAAUCGACUGUGCAUUGACGGGGGUCUGACGCUGUUCAUGCCACCUACAUCUGCUGCUCGAACUGUCAGAGUGUGUGCCUUUCCGGUCACUCAACUAGGUUUGCAAGGGAUUGGGAUCAGCCCAGAUUGCAAUCCAGAAAAUAGGGCGAGCCCUAGAGAGCUUUUCAACUGGGCGCUCGAACCUGCAGAAGAUGAUAUCCUUGACCGGCUGUUUGAGCUCGGGUACCUUGAUGCUGCAGUCUGGGCUGAAGACAACCCAGUUGCAGAAGUAGUUGAAGAUGAUUUUUCUUUGCUUGAAAAUGGUUCUGCAGAGCACAGCUGAUCGAUAAGAUGCUUGGACUAAGAUCCUCAUGGAAGAUGCUAAGAAUCGUGCAUUAUGGCUCACCCCUGUGAAUCCAGUUGCAUCAUGCCUGACUAGUGGACGAGAUCAUUCUUCUUUCUUGUGGAGUAAUACCAGAAGCAAAUUGAGGGGGUAAAACCAAAUAGCACAUAAGCCUUGUACAGUAGUGGUAACAUUGAGUUAUCCACCCGUAUAUAUAUAGAAGCUAGUAAGAGGGAUAAGAAGAACACGAGAAUAUCAGACAAUGUAGGUUUAUUUUUCAGGGAAAGCUCAAUUUUUUUGAGUUGGAAUUUAAUUGUCCUCUGCAUUUUUUUUAUCUGCUUUCCAUCUUCAUUUUCUUUUUUAAUGUGUAAGCCAAAUUGAUCUAUCAUCUGCAAGAGAAGGUUGAGCUCUUUUCUUGAA